AUUUUUAGUAUUCAACCUUAUUACUUAUUUGCAUUCAUGGUCUUGUAUGCAUAUAGUGUGGCCAGAAUGCACAUCAUAAUACAUUGAAGAUGUUGGAGGAGGUUGGCAGGUGAAAUGAUUAUACUAUGUUAUACUUAGAUUUUUAACUCCUUUUGUAUUCCAUGUAUACGGAAACAUAUUAUUAUUUUCGUAGUAACUGUCCCUCUCUUUUUUAAUCUCAGGAUCCUAAAAGACAACGGUGUCUAUAUCCUUGUAUAUCUAUUCUAAUCUAUUCUUUUAUUAAGUGAUCAGAUCCAAAAUCUUGCUAAAAUUUACCUCCACCAGUAAUGUGUGACAAACAAAACUCUUAGUAAUUGAAUUUCAUCAUAAUUUCUUUACUAAUUGUGGGCUCCAAAAAUUUGAUCAUAAAAGGAUAUGAUACUAAACGAUAUUAAAUGGGAUAUGGCUGAUAUUCUUGUGCAGGCAGGUAUUUUCCCAAUUCAUCUUUCUGCUAAAGAAAAUUUAUCUAAGAUAUUUUUUUAUGAUUUUACUUUUUCAUAAUUUUGAUUCCCUUGUUUGCAUAUAGCUACCAUGGAUUUUCUAUAUGUUUUUAGUGGAGAAGACCUAUGAUAGAGAUAUAUAUAUUUAUAUGUGGUCAUUUUUUUCUCAGAGGAUCACUUUGCUCCUUUUUUGUCCCUUAAUUAUAUAAAUUUUUUUAAAAGUUGGUCCAUCAUGUAAGUGUAAUAUAUAUAAAUCCCAAUUUAAAUUGUAAGAUCUUUAUCUUUCAUAUGGUAAUGGUGUGGCAUCAUUGAGUGGUCUGGAAUGCCUCAGGCAACUGUAGCUGCAUUUUUGGAUGGUCUUGAACUUUUCAGGCAACUGCAGCUGCAAUUACCUUGGGGAUUAUAUGUAGCUAUUAGUAGGAAGCUUUGACACUUGACUUAUUUCCUGAUUCCCACUAUCAUGUGAGUUAUCUUAUUAUUCUUCUUCUUAUUGUUGCCUAAUUCUUCUUCUUCUUCAUAUGAUUUUAAUUUGUAUUUAAAUGUCAGCUGAUGAUAUUAACAAUAUAAUUCUUAUAAAGGAUUCUUUAUAUGGUUCAUUUGGUUGUUUGAAAUAUGUCUGCAUGAUGGGGCUUUGAUUGGCAUUUUAACCUUUGAGUUGGGACAAUCUGCUGGUGGCGUUCAUGGCAAUAAUGGAAACUUGUAAGAUGUAAAAGGAUAUGAUACUGAACGAUAUUAAACGGGAUAUGGCUGAUAUUCUUGUGCAAGCAGCUACCAUGGAUUUUCUAUAUGUUUUCAGUGGAGACGACCACCUAUCAUAUAUUAUUACAUUGGGGAUUAUAUGUAGCUACUAUGUCAUUUGACUUAUUUCCUGAUCCCCACUAUCAUGUUUCCUGCGGUAGAAGACGAUCCAUCUCGUCGUCCUUCCUUGUACCUGCGAUGCAUCCGGGUUUCCCAGGCUACCUUGGCAAUGGCUACGCACCGCAGGGACCGGAAAGGUCGCCGCGGUAUCGGCGGAGGAGGGGCGCUGGCAGUCGCCGCGGCUCCUUUCAGAUUUCGUAUGAUAACAUUUCUUCGUACUCUUCCUCAUCUCAAGUGCGCCAGUCGCCAACCGAGUGGGCAUCUUCUACCAAGUGGGAAGAGCUCGAUGACGCAUAUUUCCAAUCCUAUUCCCAAAUCGGCAUCCAUGAGGAAAUGAUAAAGGAUCAUGUUAGGACGGAAACUUACAGGAAUGCCAUCAUGCGACAUCAAAAUUUAAUUUCAGGGAAAGUUGUAAUGGAUGUAGGCUGUGGGACAGGCAUUCUUUCUAUAUUCUGUGCUCUUGCUGGUGCUAGAAGGGUUUAUGCGAUAGAAGCAAGUGAUAUUGCCGUGCAGGCUAGUGAAGUUGUCAAAGCAAAUAAUCUGUCCGACAAGGUUAUUGUCAUUCAUGAAAGAGUUGAGAAAGUUAGCAUCCAGGAGAAGGUAGACGUCAUAAUUUCAGAAUGGAUGGGAUAUAUGCUUCUGUAUGAGAGCAUGCUGAGCAGUGUGAUUUUUGCAAGGGAUAAUUGGCUCAAACAAGGAGGGUUGAUCCUUCCUUCACAUGCAACACUGUAUAUGGCUCCUAUUACUCACAGCGAAAGAUACUCUGACAGCAUAGAUUUCUGGCGUGAUGUCUAUGGAAUUGAUAUGUCUGUGAUGCUCCCACUUGCAAAACAGUGUGCGUUUGAAGAGCCUUCUAUUGAGACAAUUUCAGCUGAGAAUGUCCUGACAUGGCCAUUUGUUGUUAAGUUUGUAGAUUGCUACACAGUGACAGCUCGUGAGCUUGAAUCUAUCACUACAAAGUAUAAUUUGACAUCUAUGUUGCGAGCUCCUCUCCAUGGAUUUGCUUUCUGGUUCGAUGCUGAGUUCAAUGGUCCUUCAACGUUCCCUUCCAACAACAAUUUACUCUCUGGGAGUUCAACUUCCGACUUGUAUUCUAACGUUUAUAAUAAUCAGAGGAGGCAAAAAGCCAAAUCUGAUCAAGUGCUUAUGCUUUCCACUGCACCAGAGGACGAACCAACUCAUUGGCAACAGACCAUACUGUACUUGUAUGAACCGAUAGAGGUCAUACAAGAUCAAACAAUUGAAGGUUCCAUUACACUCUCUCAAAGUAGGGAGAACCCACGCUUCCUGAAUAUUCACCUUGAGUACAGUUCAGGAGGUCGGUCUUUCAUAAAGGAGUCUAUCAUGCGAUGAUUUAGGCCUUGCAGAUGCCAUUAUUAGAGGUUAGUUUCAGCAAUGACUUUACUCUGCAAGUCUGAACCAUUCUUCAUGUUUAAACUUCUAUAAGAGGGAGAAUUUUGUUGGUCUUUUGAAGAAUUUUCUUCUUAUCAAUUGCUGAACAUAUUUUGCAUGCCAUCUUCCUAUGACCAUAUAUGGUGUUUUUUCCUUAUGUUGUAGAUGUUAUUUUAGUAAUUUUAACCCAUAAUAUUUAGAUUA